GAAGGGCCCGACGGGAGGUGUAGUCCUACGGGCGAGCGCGGUGGUUGGGUCGUGCGGACUCCUUGGAAGGCUCCUCGUGGCAGCCGCCCGGCUCCAGGAUGGGGUUGGGCUGCGCGGCUGCUCGCGGAGACUUUUUUUUGUCAUACCGCGCGUAAAGCCUAGAGGCAGCGCGACUCCCGCUGCGCGGCAUAGCGCCUGGGUCCCUCGUCUCCUCUCACCACGCGUCCCCAGGCCUGUCAGGAGGAUGUCUGUAAGUCCGUGCUCGUCCAUCCUCGCGUGGUUGCGGUGCUGCUGCUUCCACGGGCCCGGAGGCUGCGCUGUGCUGCGUGCAGGCGGGCUGAUCGCUGCCUGCAGAGAGCACCGGACGAGGCGCUCCGCUUUACGAACUGCCGGCCUCGUAGCAGGAUCGGCUCUUUUCCAACGCGGGUACAGCGCUGAUGUAGCUGCGGGUAAUGCUAUGUUCGGAACCUUCCUCUGGUGGAAGUUAUUGUUCGGGACUACUUUAUUUAACUUUGUGUUCAAAGCAUGAAAUGCCAGUCAUGCUAAUCAGAUUAUCGUGUUCCAGAAUGGCAGGGUAUGGCAACUUGUGCGUUUUGCUAACAAAAAUUGCUGUGGGCUUCUCUUUAGACUCAGACAGGAAUCUUUUGAUCUGUAAUGAGAGUUGUCUGUCUUAUGCUGAAAUAAAAGGAAAAGUAUCUUGGAAGUAGUCGGUAACUAUCAAACAGAAAGGUUUAUUUUUCAUCUGAAGAAAAGAAUGCUGCAUAGUGCAGGCAGUUCUGUACAAAAUCAUUCUGUGCAGAUCCUGCUGCUUCAGCGAGGCUGUCUGAAAUCCCUUCUCUUUAAACAGAAGUUAUGUCAUAUUGGUAAUAGAUGUGUACUUGAUUUCUAUUUGGAUGCCGACCAUGUUGCAAGAGUUGCUCUGUUUUAAUGGUGUAAGAUCAUGCAACCUUGAAUUGGAAAUUGUUUGCCAAGCAAAACCAACAAGCUCCUAUAAGCUCUGUUAUUUUUUAACGUAUCUUCUAUGUAAACUAAUUCCAAGUCUCAUUUUUUCCUGUCAGGAGAGGACUGAGAACAAUUGAAAAAGAAGGGGAAAAAUUUGCUUCUAGGGCAAACCUGACAGUUAUUUUCUUCAAGUAGCUGAGAAGGUAAACUGAAGAUCUCAGAAAAUUUUGCAAGAUACAGUCCUAGAAAGGUUGAAGACUAUCUGUAUUAGAAACAAAAAAAACAUCCUGCUAAGUUUUAGGUGGAUGGUAUAGCUAGCAACUGGGUGUGUAAAGCAGCCGUUAACAUGGCCACUACAAAUCUCAGCAGUGAACUUCAACAAGAAAAAAUGAAUAUGUUUGUAAAGUGGUAUCACAGUGCUGGUCUGAUCAGGCAAAACCACUGCUGAUGCCUACCUAUGCUUGGAAGAGAACACAGGCCAUAGACUUCGGAACGCUGACCUCGUAUUAGCGUUUCCAUGGUUUGGAAUGGAUAUCGGUGGAACGUUGGUUAAACUGGUCUACUUUGAACCUAAGGACAUUACUGCAGAAGAGGAACAAGAGGAGGUGGAAAACCUGAAAAGCAUUAGGAAAUACCUGACCUCCAAUACAGCCUAUGGUAAAACUGGCAUUCGUGAUGUCCACCUAGAACUGAAAAAUUUGACCAUGUGUGGACGCAAAGGAAACCUGCACUUCAUCCGCUUUCCCAGCUGUGCCAUGCACAGGUUCAUACAGAUGGGUAGUGAAAAGAACUUCUCCAGUUUGCAUACUACACUCUGUGCCACAGGAGGUGGAGCUUACAAAUUUGAGGAGGACUUUAGAAUGAUUGCUGAUCUGCAACUCCACAAACUGGAUGAAUUGGACUGUUUGAUCCAGGGCCUGCUUUAUGUUGAUUCUGUUGGUUUCAAUGGCCAACCAGAGUGCUAUUAUUUUGAAAAUCCUACAGAUCCUGAACAGUGCCAGAAGAAGCCUUACUGCCUUGAUAAUCCGUAUCCUAUGCUGCUGGUUAACAUGGGCUCGGGGGUCAGCAUCCUAGCUGUGUAUUCUAAGGACAAUUACAAGAGAGUCACAGGAUCCAGCCUGGGAGGAGGAACAUUCCUCGGCCUCUGCUGCUUGCUGACUGGCUGCGAGACGUUUGAAGAAGCACUAGAAAUGGCUGCGAAAGGAGACAGCACCAAUGUGGAUAAACUGGUGAAGGAUAUUUACGGAGGAGAUUAUGAGCGGUUUGGCCUUCAAGGGUCUGCUGUAGCCUCAAGCUUUGGACAUAUGAUGAGUAAAGAAAAGAGAGAUUCCAUCAGUAAAGAGGACUUGGCCAGAGCUACUUUGGUUACUAUCACCAACAACAUUGGUUCUAUUGCUCGCAUGUGUGCAUUGAAUGAGAACAUUGACAAAGUGGUAUUUGUUGGAAACUUUCUCAGAAUUAAUAUGAUUUCAAUGAAAGUGCUAGCAUAUGCUAUGGAUUACUGGUCCAAGGGACAGCUGAAAGCUCUGUUUUUGGAACAUGAGGGUUAUUUUGGAGCUGUUGGGGCGCUUUUAGAAUUGCUUAAAAUGACAGAUGAUCAAUGAUGAAGCUGUCUCAAGAGAUAACUACUGCAGAUGCUGCUGGAUAAGAGUGAAAGCCACUAUGAGGAUGGAAAUGAAGCCAUUAUGAUAGUUCUAACUGCUGGAUUUGUAAAUAAUUUAAAAUCCUUUUAGCUGAUCUUUAACUUCUGGGUUUUGAGCUUACACUUUGGAGUUCAUACUGGGAAUACUGAGAUUUUUUUUCUGUACACUGUAUUUUUUAGGGGGAAAAUGUGCAACGUUGCCAAACAUACAGAGUUUAUGGAAUUAUUUUAAAUGUAUAUUGUUUAAUGUAGGACCUGUGAUACAAGGCAUCUGCUUUUCUUCUGGGGUUUACUGAUUAUAGUGUGAUAAUUUUAACUUCAUUUAGUAAUCACUCUAGGAGAUUUUUUUCUUAUUUUCAUGACGUUUCAUGAUUUGUUCUUGGUUUCAAAUGAAACUACAAAGCUGAUGCAUUUUACUGUGAAAACUAGUCAUUGAUUUGUUGCCUUUUCUCUUUAGAUGAGUCGUUUUUAUUUAACACCUUUCCCUCAUCCUGCCAAAAAAAAAAAAAUACAGGCUUUCUGCGACUGUAUGAGUUUCUUGGCAAGAUUGCAAGAAAACUUUAGGAGAGAAAGUGUGUUGUGAAAGGUUAAUUCUUCAGUUGUCCUGAUUUUCACUAUCAGGAACAGGCUGCUAACUUGACACUAAAAUGAAAUCCUGUUACUGUUGAAAGUGAUUUGUCUGAAGAGCUCUGUAGUACGGUAGUUAUUUAUAUGGUACGUACUUGGUGAUAGAUGGAAAAGGGAGGAGAUUACUUCAAUUUAUUUGAAGACUUUUCUGUAGUCUGUGAUUUCUAAGUUGCUGGUGAUCAAAACCAAGCGUUAACUGCAUUAUCCAAAGCCCAGUUUCUAAAGUUAGAAAGAUUAUUGCUAAUGCAUUUUCUGUUUUUAAGCUAAGGCUUACUUUCCCUGCAGGACACCAAGGUUUAAGUGUUUGUUCCAGUAUGUUAUUUUCUACCUUGGUUUGAUUGGCGAAUCUCUCUAGAUAUUUGUGUUGAGAUGAUAUCCUUCUGAAAUCUAUGUACUUAGCUGCAUAGGGUGGGUGGACAAGCUUGCUUUUCCUGGGAACCUUGAAGGCUCGCAAAUCAGAGGCCGGGGAAGUCCAUAAAUUAUUUUGUCUUGUAGAGCUGUAUGUCAUGUCAUAUAACAUAAAGGGCUCAUCGGAGGGACAGUGUAAAAUUCAGACACAUGUAUUAUCCAGUAUAUUUUUGGAAGGGGGUUUAUUCACUUUUUUAAUAAUCAUUAAUUUCCAUAUCUCACAGAUGGUGAAAUGAAUUCAUAUUAACCCAAUUGUUAACAUGUCUGAUGGAAAUAAAGACCACCACUGUUUUGACGAUUUUAA